AUGAAUUCAAAUCCUCGGCAAUCGCCACGAGUUGGGGGUCAACGACGACGGGCCGACAAGACGACAAAAGAAAACGCGAUGGUCCGAACGUUGCUCGAGCGAAAGAGAGGGCAGUCGAGGAAGUCGACGAGGCGGUGGCGGACCAACGAACAGGUGUACGUCGUCCAGCCCUUCUUGGCCCAUCUGAUUGCGAGCUUGAUCUCGCUGCUCCAGAUGAUCCUGGGGACGCUCACGAUGCAGGUUCAGCAACUCGAAGCGGAACUCAAGAUCAACGUGUUCGUCGUGGGAACCGAGCCCCAGAGGCUGACAACCGCGCCGUCGGCCAACGCGGGCCAUGACCAUCGCUUGGACCACCUCUUGGCCUAG